CCUUUAACCUCCACAGCUGAGCAGCUCUCUCCUGUUUCCUCAAAGUGAAGGACAGCAUGGCUAGUGCUGCUGUUGACAAUAUGUCGACUCUUUUAUACUUAAUGUUUGAAUCGUAAAGGCUUCGUAUGGAUACAGUUGGUGGGGAUAACUGGCGGAGACGCACGAGGAGCGCGCGAGCCUGCUCCAAGCCAACCAGAGCGCGAGCUGACGAGUCCAAUGUGCUGCGGUGUCUGAGCGUGGGGAACACGGAAGAAGGCCAUGACAUGGAGGAGGACAUCGGCCUCAAGCAGGACAGCCUGGAGGGACGAGUCAUGUCGCCCCGCUACAGCCUGCUGCGGGAGGUGGGCAGGGGUACCUACGGCGUGGUGUUUGAAGCGGUGGCCCGGAGGUCCGGGGCCAAAGUGGCCGUGAAGAAGCUGAGAUGCGACGCGCCGGAAAACGUGGAGCUCGCCUUGCAGGAGUUCUGGGCCCUGGCAAGCCUGGAGAAACGGCAUGAAAACGUGGUGCAGCUGGAAGAGUGUGUGCUGCAGAGGAACGGCAUGGCCCAGAAGAUGAGUCACGGGAACAAACGGUCCAAACAGUACCUGCGUCUGGUGGAGACUUCUCUGAAAGGUGAGAGAGUGCUCGGUCCUCCAGAGGAGCCGUGCUACCUCUGGUUCGUCAUGGAGUUCUGUGAAGGCGGCGACCUCAACCAGUUCAUUCUGUCCCGGAGGCCCAACCCGCAAACCAACAACAGCUUUAUGCUCCAGCUGACCAGCGCCGUUGCUUUCUUGCAUGAAAACAACAUUGUCCACAGAGACCUCAAACCUGACAACAUCCUCAUCUCAGAGAGAUCAGGGACUCCAGUUCUCAAGGUGGCCGACUUUGGUCUGAGUAAAGUCUGCGCUGGUAUAGGAAACACAAACGUUGGCGAAGACAAGAACAAAAACAUUAACGUGAACAAGUUCUGGUUGUCCUCUGCGUGCGGCUCAGACUUCUUCAUGGCUCCAGAGGUGUGGGAGGGCCACUACACGGCCAAGGCUGACAUAUUUGCCCUAGGCAUCAUCAUCUGGGCCAUGUUGGAAAGAAUUACCUUCAUUGAUGCUGAGUCUAAGCGGGAGCUGCUGGGUACCUAUGUGAGGCAGGGAGUGGACAUUGUGCCGGUGGGUGAGGCACUGCUAGAGAAUCCAAAGAUGGUACUGAACAUCCCACAGAAACGCAGGUCGUGCAUGUCUGACGGAGUGAGGAAGCUGCUGCAGGAAAUGCUCGCCGUCAACCCUCAGGACCGGCCCGAUGCGGUCCAGCUGCAGACCCGAAUGGACCAGGUCACCUAGGUGUGCUGCGUGACCUUCAACCUGAUAGAUUUACAGACGUUCUACGGGAGCUGCUACAUCAGUGAGGGCCUCACUGUUCAACCUGAAGACUGUGAAGAGAAGCUGAAGUUUGGAUGCUAAAAUGGGAUUUGUGUUUUCUUUGAACUUGUUUACAGUGUGAUCAUCUGCCAAUGCUGAUAGAGAAUGUUUGUCUUGCCCUAAAAAUGAUAAUGAAGCAGGAAAUAAUGAAGAUGUGGGGAGAUUCCCGUUGGAUAACAAGUUGGAGACUCUAAAUGUAAGCUUAAGUGCCGGAUUACUUUAUGUGCAGGUGUUCACAGCGUGGGUCAUCUCCAUGUGUCGGAUAUUUUAAUCAUAUUAAAUGAACACACCGGGACAUUAGAUUCACAAUACUGCUGGAAACAUGUCACUUCCUGUGGGGGUGUUUCUGUUAUUGUGUCCAACACUUCAGUGUAGGCUGGUCUCAUGCCAGAUGUUGCUGACACUUAGGAUUGUAUUGCACCUCUGAGAAACCACCGCUUCAUGGUCUGGAAGAACUAGAAAAACCGUAACGCCCCUUCUGUUGCGGUUUAUUCCACAAAUCUGUUGGUUAACAUGGAAGAACACUACAUAGGAGUCAUGGUUGGUUAUUAGGUGCGAGUGUGUGUAUAUAUAUUUAUAUAUAUAAAUAUGUAGAUAUAUAUAUACACAUAUCUCUCAAAUACAGCCAUUAUUUAUAUUCCUCUGUUUGAGAGUUUUGGCUAAUCUAGUGAGUGAAAUACUUGCAAAGAGCCUGUGAAUUAGAAAGAUGUGACAUCCAUUGAUUCACAGCAUUGCCUGAAAGUCUUCCAGUGAGUCACCUUGGUAUACAUUUGAAAAGUCCUCGUAAAACCCAUCCCAUUUUGCCUGUGGGCGAAUCUGAAUAUGUGUAGCUUCCACACUUCUUUGCCUUCGACUAGUUACCUUGAUUUCAGAGAUCAGGUUCUUUUUUCAUUUCGAUGCGACUUCAUUGACAUGUGCUCCUUGAGUUCCUUUGUAAUCUCAUUGUUUAAACCUAUGGUGCCUUGAAUUUGCUAGUCAGGUCAAAUUUGGCUCACAGCCGUACAGCUGUCAUAUUUGUGUAUUCUUUUGCAGUCCAAAUGCAUUAAUGAUUUAUGCUCUAAAUAAUUUGGUUUCUAACCACAAGAAAAAUAUGGAUUUCCAAGUUUCCCAUGUGUUCAUUUGAAAGAAGACGAUAUAUGUUUUCUUAUUUUAUAGUUUUUCUGUCGGCCAUUGAUUUGUUGUGUAAAUGACUAUUAAAGGGAACUGAAGAUUGAAUGUUAAUUUGAAUAAGUGCCAUUAAUGUUAAAGGAGCUAAAUGAUGUCAUCCUGUAAACUUUGAUGCAAAGAUUAGUUUUUUUCUUGAGAAAUAAUCACACUUGAAGUGUUGCUAAAUUCACAGCCGUUUUUGAGAUGUGAUUGGUUGAAGUUUCGGAGCAGUUUGGAACACAGUGAAUCACAGCUGAAUAUUGUAAUUUCCCCCCUAAAACCAAACGUCUGAAUACACAUGUUGAACCCUGAAUCUUAAUCCUGUUUUUAUUUGUACUACCUCAUUGUCUUCACUGAGCCAUCAUUUAAUGUUCCAUUCCUCAGUUCGAGAGGACCUGUUAGAUUCCCCGGAGGAGGUUCAGUUUUCCCUGGAUUGUGAAUGCAUCACAAUAGUCUGUAAUAAGUGACUCAGCUUUUGACUGCUUCGUUUCAUUUUUGCUGAUGCAUUGUGAGAAAUUGGUUUACAUUCAUUCAAAUGUUUACACAACUUUAGCUCAACACACUUCAUAAUGUUCGUUGGUUAUUUUGUGCAUUAUGUGAAAAAUGUACCUCUGUUUCAUCACAGUAUUAGCGUCUGGUAGUGCAGGGUAUUAAUCAUUUUGAACUGGAGAUGAGCUAACGGUAGAGCUCCCACUCAGUUCUUUAUUCUGAUUUCUGAGUUGCUUUUUGACUUUAAUUUAGAGGAAUGUACUUAAAGAGAUUUAAGCAGACCUUGAAUAUCCCCCCGCCUCUGCAGGGCUUCCUCAGGAGAAAUGUGUGCAGGAACGCUGUAGUGACUCGUAUGUCACUUGUUACACUCUUCUAUGCAACUCUGCCUCCCUAAUACACUGUGGAUUGUUCAUCCAGGCCCAGCUGAUUGAGUCCUUGUUGUGCUCCGAUCAAUUGACCCUUUAUUUCAACACAAUGUGCAGUUCUGGUUGUACAAGAUAGUAAGGUUGUUUUUUUUUUAUUGCUGAAUUUGUACCAAGGCUCUGUUUCAAUAAAGGUCGGUAAUACCUCAUCUGUGUCAAUUCUCAACAUGUGUAUUAUCAGGAGAUGUGGGAGUGAUGAAAAUACUGUGCAUGUUAGCUGGGUGUGCCCAUUCCAGCCCGGCACACAUGAACUGGGAAAAUAGAAUAAGUGACAGGUAGCUGAUCAUUCCUGCAGUUACGCUUUAGGUGUUCACUGACUUGUAUAACUUGAUUUACUGCUGCGUUGUGCUCCGAGGCAAUUAGAUCAGAUGUUAGGCUGCCUGUAGAUCCUCACAUUGUAGUAUAAAUAAAAUCAUCUGCAUUGCAAA